AGCCUCAGCGAGCAGGUUCAGGAGGUGACCUCACAGCAACGCAAGACUCAAUCUACAGCAGCAGUACGACGCCGAAAACCUUCACAAAACAGCUCUCAGAAGAAUAAUGGAUGGCCCCAGAACUUCCCUCUGCCUGUUACUCCUCAGCCAGCUGUCAGUCUGUCCUACUGACACAGACCAAGACCUGUCUACAGCACACACGCAUUAUUACACAACCAAAAAUCUAAGCAGUGGGCCAACACCAGGAAUGGAGCCGGACAUGACCACUGACCUCACACAAUCCGAUGAUGUCUCCAACAACACCAGUGGUGCUGAUUGCUUGAUUGACACUCAAAUGGGGCUGAUUGCUUUGGCUUCAGCAGGGGGAUUGAUUAUCUGUCUGCUGGUCACCACCGUGGUGUUAGCAUGCCAAGUUUGUUACAUUCAACGCCAGGUUCGUGCCCCUCGGCCCUCUCGUUCUAACAUGGACUUGGUGAGUGGUACAGGCUACUGGGGAACUGACCAGCCUGAGGUUGUCGGGCUGGUUGGGCCAUGUGACUCCAGUGUCAUGCUUGAGGAAGUGAGAACAGACAGUGAGAUGGAGAGGCAGGGUGAAAAAAUGCAGGCUGAGAAGGAAGACGGAGCAGAAAGAGAGGCCGGCAAGGCCACAGCCGUGGAAUUUGAUCUGGAAGACCGUGGUGUACAGAUGCAGAGCUCCACAUCCAGGGACUCCUGUCUGGAAGUUCCCAGAGAUGUGGAGAACAUGCCCCUUGUAGUGUGAGGAAUAAAAUUCAUCUUUAAAGCUCUGUCCUGUUUCUAACUCAGCUUACUUCAUUCAAAGCCCUUUGUGUUCAUUUUCCUGUAGGCAUGUUUGAUGUAUGUUGCUACCUGUCAGACCUGGACCCAGUUUCAU